AUUAAUCCUCCAGCACCUCACCAUCUACGAGGAACAUAAACAGAGGACAACAGAACCAGAUGCUGGAUCAUAUUGUCUUAUAACAAUUAAAAUUUCUCCUUUUGCAUCUACUGGAUUAUUAUUGAUAUAAAGUAGCAACAAUAAGGACAACAGAUGAGAGACAUGGCACUCCUGAGGUCGGGCUGGUUGUGGAGACAGACUUCUGUCUUAAAACGCUGGAAGUUAAACUGGUGUGACCUUUGGAUAGACGGGAGUCUUUGCUUCUACAAGACUGACAGCAGACGAGACCUGGAACACCGAGUUGGCCUCAAAGUAUCAUGCAUAGAUGUGCAGUCUGGCCUGGAGUGUGGAGGUGUGACUCCACCAGAGACUAAUCCCAGGGAGAAUCUCAUCGUGGUUCAUCUCAGAGACGGCUCAACGCUCAACCUGUGUGCCAACAGUGAAGAUGAAUCAAUAGCCUGGAAACUGACGCUGCUCGACACCAGGAGGAACCCAAUGUUCACAUAUGAUCCAUAUGAUGACUCGUAUCAGGCUGUUCCUCUUAACAACUACCACACCAUCUACAUCACACCUGGAGCAGGACCAGGAACCCACCAGGUGGUUGUUCAAAGGGACCCGUUCGAUGGUAUGGUGGAGAAUAUAGCACUGGGAAUACUGACAGGGAUGGCGGCAGGAGCAGCCAUGAGAUCCUUCCUCUGGAUGCCGUUCUUCUUCUGCUGAGACGAAUGGCAUUAUUAAGAGGACAACACUUCACAUAGGCCAUCUGGCCCCAUAGAACGGAGCCGAACAUCCAACAAGAACUUGCAAAAAUGUGUUUUUCAUCAUCACUGAUAUCAUCUCUGUCCAUAUUCGCUCUGAUAAACAGCAGCUUAUGUGGUUCCAUUGGUUUGUUUUUUGUUUUAUGUGCAGUUCGCGUGUAAACCCAAAGAAGGCGAAAAGGAUGCUUUAUAUUUAUAUGUUGUUUAUGCUUGUAUAUACAUCACACUGAAUGGACAUCUGCAAAAUGGGGAUUGUAUUUUGCAUCUGAAAGCACUUUUAUCUGCUGAUUUUUCCAUUUCGAACUGAACCUUGAUUUGGGAUUGUUUUGUCAAACUACAACUUUUAAUGCCAAUAUUAAGUUUGUUUGACUUUGGAUCAAACUGUCAAUGAAUCCGUGUCAUCUGAACAAACCCCACAUGCUGAUGAAGACCAAGAGGUGGGGCUGAAAGCUCCAGAAAAAGCUAGUAAUGGGCAACAAGUUCAGAAUAUCUUUCAAAGUAUAAUUUCUUUUGCAACCUUUAUUACUUCUUCAGAUGCACAGUGAAAUUAAUUUUAGAGUUAAAUUAAUUUAGCAUUUUUUUUCUGUAAUUCUGUUCUGUCUGUAUCAACAUAAUAACACUAAAAGAAAACAUGUUUCAUUCUCA